CGACUCUGGCUUUCUGGAAUCGCGCAUUCAGGAUCGCCGACACUAUACAAACCUCGAGUGAUUUGAAUCUGGCCUUUCCUGCUGCGCGUUGAGGCCAGCGACAUCUACCAACAUGACUUCGACCAUCGGCAUCCCGAUCAAGCUUCUUAACGAGGCCACUGGCCACCAAGUCACGGUUGAGAUCGACUCCGGACAGACAUAUCGAGGAAGGCUUAUUGAAGCUGAGGACAACAUGAACUGCCAACUCGAGAACAUCAACGUGACCCAACGCGACGGCCGUGUCACUCACUUGGACCGUGUAUACAUUCGCGGAUCGCACGUGCGCCUAUUCAUCGUACCGGAUAUGCUUAGGAAUGCGCCUAUGUUCAAAUCGCGCGGUACUCGAGGACGUGGUGUCGGUCUUGCUCGAGGCAGAGCUACGGUGAACCGUGCUCGUGGUCAGGGACGCGGUGGACGGUAGUGUGUUGGAAUUCGACUCAGGAGGGAGGAUCUGAUCAUAGCAGCUAUCACACUGCGGCAAGUGCAAUCGCAAAGAGUUGAUCGAGGAGAGCGGACAUCUUGUGAAAACGUGAAAGGCUCAAUGAGCAAGCGCGGCGCUGGGGACCACGAAAUUGAGUAGGUAAGGAAAGGGAGCAGGCGCCAUAAGCAGCAGUCAACUGCGAAGAACUCGGUGGGACUUAUUCGAAGCAGGGCGAAAAUGGAGCAGUUUGUCACAGUGCUAUAUGUAUCAACGAAACUCGCAGACCCCACGUGAAAGGGUCUCAGGAUCG